CACACAAACUCUUCCGCGUCGGUAAAGUUUGAGGAAGCUCGGCGCGGUGGGGGAAUGGCUGCUGCUGCUGCUUCUGCUGCUGCUGCUGAUGUUGUUCCUCCUCACGAGUUCAGAGAACUGCUGUGAUCCUCUGAGCUCUCCAGAACUCCAGUGAGACCCAGCAGAUCUUUACAGGAGAUUUAUACUGGGAUAUAUUUCACCGUGUAGUUAAUGAGAGUGGAGGAGCUGGAUUACCCUUUUUUCUGAGUGACCGAGAGUUUCUUAACCUGCACCGUGAGGAGGAGGAUCUGAAGAGGAGAAAUGAAGUUCAGGGGACAGUUCACAGUGUUUGGCAGUGCCAUAUUCUGUGUGGUGGUGUUCUCCCUGUACCUCAUGCUGGACCAUCUGCAGUUAGACCACACCAAAGACCCCAGCAGUUUAGAGGGGUUUCAGAACGGGCAGUUGAGCAUCCUUCAGGAUAAAGUAGAUCAUCUUGAGAAACUGCUUUCACAGAAUAACAGGAUUAUUGCCAACAUCAGGGAUUCUGUGCUUAACCUGAGGAAGUCAGUUAAAGGUGGCUUUUCAGAAUCUGGAAACCAAAGCGAGACUCAGGUGGACCGGCUCCCCUCUGCUCCUCUUAAAGUGCCCAUUGCCUCUGAGGACUGCCAGUUCUCUGCUCGGACCUAUUCCAAGGCUUCAGAUUCAGUGCAGAUGAUGGAUGUAUAUGACCUGCUCAGCUUUGAUAACCCUGAUGGUGGCGUUUGGAAGCAGGGGUUUGAUAUCUCGUAUGAGGAGAAUGAAUGGGACAAUGAGCCCCUGCAUGUGGUGGUUGUGCCCCAUUCACAUAACGACCCUGGCUGGCUCAAGACUUUUGACGACUACUUCCGAGACCAAACACAACACAUCCUGAACAACAUGGUGGUGAAGUUACUUGAAGACGUUCGCCGAAAAAUGAUCUGGUCUGAGAUCUCCUACUUUGCCAAGUGGUGGGACAACAUCGACAGCCAGAAGAGGGACUCAGUGAAGAAACUGAUAGAAAGAGGCCAGCUGGAGAUCGCCACAGGAGGCUGGGUGAUGCCUGAUGAAGCCAACUCUCAUUACUCUGCAAUGAUUGAUCAGCUACUGGAGGGUCACCAGUGGUUGGAAAAAAAUGUGGGAGUGAAGCCCAGGACGGGCUGGGCUGUGGACCCAUUUGGACACUCUUCCACCCAGGCCUACAUCCUGAAACAGGCUGGCCUGUCCAACAUGCUCAUCCAGAGAGUGCACUACUCUAUCAAGAAACACUUUUCCACCCAGAAGACACUGGAGUUCUUCUGGAGACAGAAUUGGGAUCACGACUCCAGCACAGACAUCUUGUGUCACAUGAUGCCCUUCUACAGCUAUGACGUUCCCCAUACCUGCGGUCCUGACCCAAAGAUUUGCUGCCAGUUUGACUUUAAAAGGCUGCCUGGGGGACGAAUCAGCUGCCCCUGGAGAAUUCCCCCUGAGCCAAUAACCAAUGAGAAUGUGCAACAGAGGGCUAAAAUGCUGCUGGACCAGUACAGGAAGAAGUCCAAGCUGUUCAGGACUAAGGUGGUGCUUGUUCCACUGGGUGAUGACUUCCGCUACACAGAGGCUCAGGAGUGGGAUCAGCAGUUCAAUAACUACCAGAUGCUUUUCGACUACAUGAACUCUCAUUCUGAACUCCACGUCCAGGCCCAGUUUGGAACCAUAUCAGACUACUUUGAAAUUCUUCGCAAAAAGGCUGGUAUUAAUGAGGCUGGUAUGAGUGUGGGAGAGUCACAGUUACCUACGGUUAGUGGCGAUUUCUUCACAUAUGCGGACAGAGACGACCACUACUGGAGCGGCUACUUCACUUCUAGACCGUUCUACAAACGCAUGGACCGCAUUCUGGAGUCCCACCUCAGGGCAGCUGAGAUUCUGUACUCUUUAGCCUUGGCCAGUACUCGCAGGUUUGGGAGGCCGAGUGAUUACCCUGCAGUAGAGAAUUAUAAAUUGCUAACUGGAGCAAGACGCAACCUGGGCUUGUUCCAGCACCACGAUGCAAUCGCAGGCACGGGCAAAGACUGGGUGAUGGUGGAUUACGGAACCAGGUUGUUUCACUCCCUUCUGAAUGUGAAGCGAGUGAUUGCGUCUUCAGCUCACUGGCUGGUGCUUGAUGACAAAAAAGCAUACACCUACGACCCUUCAAACCCAGUACUUCAGAUAGAUGAUGUCCAGCCAGCACAGGAUUCCCUACCUCGCAAAACUGUCCUGAAGAUCAGCAAAACUCCCAGGUCGUUGGUGGUACAUAACCCCAGUGAACAGAGCAGGAGCUCGGUUGUAAACAUCUAUGUGAACACUCCUCAUGUUCGAGUCCUCACUGCUGAUGGACACCUGGUCAUCGCUCAGAUCAGUGCAGUGUGGGAAGAUGCCACCCGUGCUUCCACAGAAGCUUUUCAGUUGUCUUUUGUAGCCAAUGUGCCGCCGUUGGGCCUGGCUGUGUACCAGUUGAUUCAGGGGUUGGAGCUACAGACUGAAUCAGCCCAGUACCUGUUUCUGAAGGACGGUGGGGCCGUGUCAGUUUCUGGAAUGGACCAUUUUAAAGUAUCUACCCCACAGAAUGCUGUUCCUGUGUUAAUUGAGAACCCUCACCUUCAGCUCUCCAUCUCUGCCAGUACAGGAUUAAUGAAGACAAUGAAACUGAAGGAAGAUGGAUCUGAGCACUCAAUCAGAGUGGAGUUCUUGUGGUAUGGAACAACCAGCAAUAAAGACAAGAGCGGUGCCUACCUAUUCCUGCCUGAUGGAGAAGCUAAAAAAUAUAUUCCCUCCCAGCCACCUGUGAUCCGUGUAACCAAAGGUCCUGUGUUCUCUGAAGUCACAACAACAUUUACACACGUCACACACACCGUACGGCUUUACAACUUUAAGGGGGUGGACGGACAGGCUGUUGAAAUCUCUAACAUUGUGGACAUAAGGGCAGAGUUCAACCGAGAAAUUGCAAUGAGGAUAAUCUCUGAUAUUGGCAGCAAAGAUCGCUUUUUUACUGACCUCAAUGGUUUCCAGAUGCAGCCCAGACGAGCCAUGGCAAAACUGCCACUGCAGGCUAACUUCUACCCCAUGACCAGCAUGGCCUAUAUAGAGGAUUCCCUCAGAAGACUCACACUGCUCACAGCUCAGUCUUUAGGAGCUACCAGUCUCAAGAGUGGUCAGCUGGAGGUGAUCAUGGACCGGCGGUUAAACCAGGAUGAUAACCGUGGCAUGGGCCAGGGAGUGUUAGACAACAAGAUCACGGCCAACCUCUUCCGUCUGGUUCUGGAGCCGAGAAACCCCACCCAAGAGACCAAGAGGGAGAACACCACUCCACUCAGCUACCCGUCUCUACGGAACCACAUCUCCUACAUGUACCUCAACCACCCCCUCAUGCCCAUGGCCACCACCUGGGACUCAGACAUGCUGACACUGACCCCCUACAGCCCUUUGAGCUCAUCCUUCCCAUGUGACAUCCACCUGGUCAACCUGCGCACCAUUCAGUCUCAGGAAGGGGAAGGCCCAUCGGAUCAGGCUGCUUUAAUACUGCACAGAAAAGCCUUUGACUGCAACAUCGCCACGAGCAACACUGGCUUACUGUGCAGCACCACACGUGGCAAGAUUGAAAUACAGGAACUUCUAUCAGAGCUGAAGGUCAGCAGCCUGGAACCUAUGUCGCUUUCUUUGAUGCACGAAUCCUCCAGCAGAGCAGUGGACCAGGAGAUUACACUUAAACCAAUGGAAAUCCACACAUAUCGCAUCCAGCUGAGAUGAGUCAUGGUUACAGUGAACUUUGUUGUUUAUGGUGGGAGUAUGCAAAUGCCUUCAGUUGAGAACUCAAUGAGUGAAUUAUCCAAAAAUCUGUCUGUUUGAUCCAUGUGUUAUUUCUGUUUUUUGUUGUCAGUUUGUAGGUGUGUUUAAUUUCUGAUUGGAUUUUUAUGGCAAAGUGCAAUAUGAAUUAUUAAGAGUGCUUUCCCAGACAACUCAGGUUCUGUCUACUUAAAGAAACCCUACAGUGCCUUUCACAGUUAUUUCUACACUUAUUGUAUACAGAGGUCUGCCAGUGUUUGGGUGGUUAUUGUAAAAUUCUGUUUUUUGAAUAGCUAAGUGACUAAAAGAAGACCCAAUUUCUAUGUUUCUUUUUUUUUUUUUGCCUUUUUGUCACAUUACAGUGUGAUGUUUGCCUCCAGAAGUUGCUGGUAUUUUUCCAAUCCAUUUUUCCUUUUGGUCCUAUUGCCACUGACAGCAAUCCUAACAUGCUAUAUCUUAUUUGGAGAAAAAAAAAUUACAGUUCACUUGACUUAUUUCAAAAGGUGUCAGGUUUUUUCUGAUGACUCUUUAAUAAGGAUCAUAUUAAUUAAUACAGGUGUUUUUGCACAGUAAACGUCCACCCCAGAGUCUGAUCAAUCUUCCCUUUCCUUUUCUUCUCUUUUUUUCUAACAAGCGGCUCCUUUCUGCUUUGUGUGCAUCAGUUUUUUUAAUGUUAAAAGUGCUAGGCUGCUGCUUAGAGGUUUUUUUUUGUUGUUUUCUUUAAACUGCAUCACCUGGUCUUUUCUCAACAAUGAUUGUGAACAAGCCAUUUGCCUAAUAAGAUAAUUAUCAUCAACAUUUUGAUUGGUGCUCUUAACUUACUUAACUACUCAAUAACAAACUAUUUUAAUGCCUAAACAUUAGAAGUUUAUUUGCAUGUAGCAAAAGGAAAGUAGCAACACCCCUGAAUAUACAUUCUCACUAUUAUAACUAAUAAAAAAAAAAGUCUGCAGUUUAAGGUGCCUGUCAAGAACAUAAUAUUUCUGCAUUUAUUAUCGAGUGGACCAAUACAAAUGCUCCAAGUUGCCUUAUAUAUAAAAUCUUUUUACAUUGACAGAUGAAAAUGUUAUUUUGCUAUUUUGGAUAUAUGAGGUUUUUAUGUGACUGUGACUACAAGUAUCAUUUAUCCCAAAACACACUGAGAAGGCUGAGUUGAGAAUGAAUUAAAAGGAUCACAGUAAAAGACUUGCAGAUUUUGUGCUCACACUUAAGUCAAGCUUUGUAGGAAUCUGAUUUAUAAUUUUUUACCUUUUAAUCAAUGUUAAGACAGAAUGAUUUCUCUAACAUUUUUUGUUGAGAAUUAUUGUGCAUGUCUUUAUUUCUAAAGCUGCUGUAAAUGUCUUAAACUGUAUGUAAUAUAAUGUGUAAUUAUUAUUUGCAUUUGUAAUUGUUCAUGUAAAAGUCUACACUGGGCCAAAUUACCUGUAGAGUUCUUUUCUUUAAUCUUUAUAUCAGAAAUUUUGGUUAUGUUCACAUUACCAGACUGAAGUGAUUUUUUUGCGUUAAUGUGACUCACACCUGUGGAAAUUUCAAAUCUGAUUUUUUAAAAUCUGGUUUAAUUUACUUAUAAGCAAAUUACAUAAGUAAUUUUACAUAUCAUAUGUGGUCCAGAUAGGAUAUGAAUCUGAUUUAUGGGCAUGCUGCAUGUAUGUGAACGGUCAAAUCCGAUUGCAUGUUACUGCCGUAUGCAUGUGCUUACUGCUGUUGUCCUCGCCCUGGAGUUGAGUUGUAUUCUGAAUUUCUGCCCAUGUUUGAGUCUGUUUAGUGUUCUCACACCUCAUGCAGCAGUAUGGGCAUGCAGCAGUUACAGACUAUGCUAGUGAUUUCUGUUUCUGUUUUAAAAAAAACUACUAAUAUUAGUUUUUUUCUUAAGAACAAACUACAGAACAUUUGUUUGAAGGGGAAUCUGCGUCAAAACAUGAGAGGCAACAUUCAUAAACAUAUUUGUGGGACCAAUAAAUAUUUUGUGGACAGAUCUGGCAGAUAGAACUCCAGAUUGAACCACCAGGAUGGCUAAAUCCGAUCUGAGGUAAAAAAUCUGAAUUGACGAGUUUUGUAAUGUGAACGUGGCCUUUAAGAACUGUAGAGGUGUGUAAUCCAGGUCCAGAAAGUAAAUCAAGUCAAAUUUAGCCCAGGGUUUUGCAGCAGAGCCAUGCAAAGAGUUGGACCUAAAAAAAAUUGGGAUUAAUGGAUGAAAAUGUUUUUUGGACUUUGAUAACCUACUUCUAGUCUGAUGACACUGGUAAACCUGAAAUUUUUUAAAUGUAUAAACUAAAUGCUGAUUGGGUCUUGUGGUAAACUUCACAUCUAAUUAGAUUGUCUUACUUUUAUAACCACUCAGAGAAUCUAUCCAAAAAGUUGUGAGCUGCUGUUGUGAGCAGUAUCAGCAUUAGCAUGCUAGCUUGCUACGUUUCUUGAAUGUAGACUAUAUUUUGAACAGAGUGAAUGUGAAGUAAUCCUUUCAGUUGUUUGCUGUAUACCUGUAAAGGUUGGUUUUAUUUGAACCAUAAAGGAAACAACACAGUUUGUAUUUGUAUUUCUCACUCUUUUUUUUUUCUUUUCAUUUUCUGCAGCAUUUUUGUGGCUGUAUUUUGCUAGCAUAAGAGUCGGGUCACACCUUAAAAUAAGGGAUUAUAUCACAGGAUAAAUAAAUCCAGUGGUUUUAAUACCUGAAGUGCUUUUUCUCGCCUUACCUUACCAACAAACGUAUGUGGUCAUGGAUUAUGUGUGGUGUAAACUGUGUUAGCUACAUUAGCAUCAUGGCUACACUGUAAACCUGAGGAAACAAACGUUGGACACCAAGCAUGUUGUGGCUUGCGAGCUGCUAACUAUAUAUGGGAUUGAAGAGGAGCUAUUUUUUUUUGUGGUGCUUGUGUGGUGCUAAGCGUAACACAUGCACAUAAACAUAAUUUAAUCAGAAAACCUAUAUUGCUAGUUGUCUGACCACUGGUGUGCACCUCAUUUAAAAGAGACUUUAGGAGUUCAUUUACAAAUAAAUAUGUUUGUGCUUAGCUUUUACAGCUAAAUCUGAAUUGUGCUUUAAUUUUCUAGUUUAUUCUGUUGCUAUGCUUAAAGCUAUUAAAAUGCUUAUUAUUAUAUUAAAAUGCCUUAAUUCAAAUCCCGAGUAUUGAAACUGUGCAAGUGUUUCAAGUGGACUUGACAUUGAAAAGGGGGUUAAUUUGGGUGAAGUUCGUACUCUAAAACCCAGUUUACACCGGGUCACUUUAAGUGACUAGUAUCUGGAUUAAACUCAGAUUAGCUUUUAACAACAUGUAUUUUCACUUGGUAGCCAAAUGGGUCUCCAGUUAGUGUAUAUUCACUCACUGGGCAGCAGUUACUCAUGUUGUGGUUGUACUGGGAGUUUUAAAUGCAUUAAUGGUGUGUUUACAUUUGUAUGUGGUUUGAUCUGAUCUAGAUACAGUAUAAUCCUGAUACUCGAGACGCAUGAAGUGACCAGGUGUAUUUGGGGUGUAUAAGUGUCUCACAGUUGUGGUGUAUAUUUUCUUUUUUUAUGUUGCAGAUUUGGUUAGUUGACUAUAGAAUGAUUUAGGUUUGGGAAUUACGUGUGAUUAUCUGUUGGUGUUUUUAAUAUGCAGUAAUUGUCACAUACAAAAUAAAUCAUAGGGUGUUUUUUUUUUCUUCUUCAUUUAAACAGAAUUCUGUUUCACGUAGAGCUAUGUAAACAGCUUUUGGGCCUAACCUUUUCCUACCUCAGAUAUAAGGGAUAUUACUUUUGUUGGACCACAAAGAUCCGUGAAACAUAAGAUUUGAGGUGUUUUAUAAGGUGAAAGGAGUUUCAUAUGAAUCCAUUAUGUUUAAUGGAGAGUACCAGGAUCAUGAGCUGAAUUAAACGUACCUUAUUUCCUUGUUAUGUGUCCUUGUAUUGUCAUCAAAUUAUUUUUCCAACAUUCCUGCUAAGGAAAAGGCAACAUUUUAAAGCUGGUUUAUGUCUCUUUACCUGUGUUUUUCCUCAAAGUGUAUGUGGGUGUUUUUUUUUGUCUUUUUGUUUUUAAUUUCUGUAUGUAAAAUGUUAAAUCCCACUGGUUUGAGUCUGUUUAUGAGAAGACAUCUCUUUUACCAAUAGACAUUACAUUCACCCAAGUUUUAUACACGGCAGUGAAGCCAACAGUGGGAAAUUUUGAAAUAAAGGUGGAAAUUGCAAUUAAAUUCUA